AUGUCAAUUACUGAAACACACUUAAAAACAUAUGAAGAUCAAAAAGAAGCCUAUAACAAAGGGAAUGGAAGUAUCUUCUUUAAUUCACUAUUUGGAGCAAGAAAAGCUCAAAAGGGAACAGCUCUCUUCCAUAUUCUUAACAACAAAAGAAAACGAUUCAUAUCCAACGAAAAUCUAAUACAAGGAAAACUUCAAUGGACAAGGUUUUUCUCUAGAAACAAACCUAUUAACAUCAUUACGGUUUAUGCUUCAUCUGAUGGUGAAGAUGAUGAUGAAAUAAUCAACAUUAUUAUUCACCUUCUACUAAAAUGUGAAAAUGAAUUCAACAUUGUGCUAGGAGAUUUCAAUAUCAACACAAGGAAACCACAAAAUUCGAGAGAAAAAGAAUGGAAAGAACUUAUUGAGUGUUUCCAACUCAAAGAACUAAUCAUCCCAGAGAAUUACACAUACGUCAGAAAAGUCAUCAACUCAGUUCAAAAAUCACGACCUGAUCAUAUCUUCGUUUCUAACAACAUCAGAAUAAUCAGAGAAGUUAUUUUGCCACCAAUAUCCAAAAAUGAUCAUCUACAGUUCUAUAUUGACAUUGAGUUCGAAACAGACUAUUGUUGGAGAAACUUCAUCUCUAGGAAAGAUAUGAAUCAAAUCUCAACAACAUUGAACGAAUCACACUAUGAUUCAUUUGAUGCACUUCAGAAAGACAUAUCAGAAAUGGUUAACAAAUUUUCUUUCAAAGACGAUAAGACCAAUCUCAAAUACAUUAACACAAUCAAUAAGAAAGAAAUCAAAACCAAAGAAAUAGAACUCCUCCAUCUUGCAACACAAGGAAAAGGUCAAAAUAUCGAGGAAAUUGAAAAACUAAGAAAUAAUAUCAAAGUACUAUACAAGGAAACUGGAGCUGAUAUCAAAGCAAAACUAAGUGAAAAUUUCAACAAACAUGACAGCUCAAUGAUUUACCAGUUUGACAAACAUCUAAAAGAAAAAUCAAUAGAUUGGAAAAAUAUCCAAUUCUCUGAAGAAGAAAUUGUGCAUCAUUUUGAAACAAAAUUUACCUCAGUAUCCAAAUCAUCAGACUUUGAAAAUCCACCAUCAACCGUCAAGAAAGGACCGAAAAUACCACAAAUAAGCCUUAAAACAAUUAAAGAGGCGAUAUCGAGAAUGAAAUCCAACACACCCGGUCUAGACUCAAUAUCCUUCCAAAUUAUACGUAAUCUCAAAGACGAACAUCUACAACUUAUUGCUGACCAAUUUGAAAACUGCAUUCAACAAGGUAUUAAAUUACUCCCUAAAAGAGACAUUCAAAACUAA